CUAUUAUGCUUGUCUUGACAGCAACAACUCCUCUGCCAUUUCUCACUUUCAUUCUCUUUUGGAUCUCUAAAGCCAAUUUACUGAAUUUUUAUUUUUAUUUUUCAUUUGAACGGUAAUAAACGGAAAUCUGUACUGGUGUUAGGGCUUGAUACACUUCUUUGUGGCACUCUUUGAGGAAUUUAGACUGGGAAUUUGCAAAAAGACAGGAAAAUGGGACCAAUCAAGAAUAAAAUCGUUCGUCAGCAACUGUACUUGAAGGAUUUACAAAGGAGAAAGAAAGAAAAAUUAGAAAAACGAAAGGACAGAGCCAAAGAAGAGGAAAAGAACCCCGAAACAAAAGCUGCUCGCCUUGCUGAAAAUGUACCUCAAACUAUUGAAUCCAAACGAGUUUACGACCAAACGGUCUUGCAAGAUGAGCCUGAUGAAGAGGUGCAGGCCGAAAUCCAAGACGACGAGUUUGCGUCGUAUUUUAAUGAAGAGAGAAGAUUCCCCAAAUUGUUGGUAACUACAAGCAAACGUGCUUCACGAAAAUGCUAUGAGUUUGCUUCAGAAUUGCUUGAUUGCUUUCCGAAUGCGGAAUUCCGUAAAAGAACAGGGAAUAUCGAAAUUCAUGAAAUCGCUGAAGCAGCUUCCAAACGUGGUUAUACUGAUUUGAUUGUUUUGAACGAAGACCGCAAACAGACAAAUGCACUCACGCUGAUUCAUUUGCCGAGUGGACCUUCUUUUUACUUUACUCUAUCCAGUAUUCAGUCUGCAAAGGAAAUUUCCAACCAUGGCCGCUCAACCGGGCACAUUCCAGAACUGAUCAUCAAUAACUUCAGCACGCGCUUGGGUCUAACUGUUGCUCGUGCUUUCCAAUCCCUGUUUAUUCAGCAACCACAAAUUCAAGGCCGACAAGUUGUAACUAUUCAUUGCCAACGUGAUUUUCUUUUCUUCCGUCGUCAUCGUUAUGAUUUCCGAGAAAGGUCAAACAGACCAGAUGGCAUUGGUACGGGUUUGCAGGAACUAGGACCACGUUUUACCAUGCGUUUACGAAUGGUUCAAAGAGGCAUCUGGGACAACAAGAAAGGAGAAAUCUUUUUCGAAAGCAACGCUGGUGAAGAAUCUGAUAGACGCAGAUUCUGGCUAUAAGGAAAUCAAGCAGCGUAUCUACGGGAUAUAUAUUGUAUUUUCAUCUUUUUAUCGUUUCGUUAUGUGAAGCAAUGGUUUGUGGUACUGUGUUAUUUAAUUUGAAACCUUUUAUUUUGGGAACAGCAAACAAAUUUACUACAUAUUACUUUUGGGAUAUUAGAUCGGGGGUUUAUGAAGGAAAAACAACAUCUACUUAAUAAU